AUGUCCGUUUACAUCCUAGGCGCCGGUGGUGUGGGCACCCUCCUUGCGUCCUCGUUGACAAAACAGUUCGCAGUGAACUUCAUUGUGAGAAACCAAGCUAAAAUUGAACACUUGAGGAAGACAGGCAACGCAUUCCAGAUAAAACGCUUGUAUGAUAACGAUAGGGUUUUAGAUUAUCGGAUCAAAUCCGCAGUCACUGCACAUGACAUUCCAGACGAACACAUUGAGUUUUUGCUGGUCUCGGUGAAAGGAUUUGACACCAUCAAGUCGUUGUCUCCAUUAUUGGCGAAAAUCAACGAAAAGACCAGAAUCUUACUCGUGCAGAACGGGAUGGGAGUGGUGGACGAGUUAUAUGGUACGCUAUGGAAGGACAAAUCCAAGAGACCGAUUAUAUACCAAGGUGUGAUUUCUCACGGGGUUUGGCAACCACAAGAAUGGGCAAACACUUACAAUUACAAUCACGCAGGUUACGGGAGUUUGAAAGUGUGUCAAAUUCCGAGGGAGUUAUCUAAUCCUACCGAAAGUGGCCAGAUUGAAGAAGAUGACGUUAUCAAUGCCUUGCUGAAGAGUGAUUUGAAUGUCAGCACGCAUACCUAUAAAGAACUCUUGGUUUACCAAAUCCAAAAACUGUUGGUUAAUUCAUGCAUGAACUCAACAACAUCAAUUGUCGACGUCAUCAAUGGUGGUUUGGCAAACAUUGAAGAGGUGGACACACUUUUCACCUCAAUUGUUGAUGAAGGCCUGAGAAUCCUAUAUGAGGCAUAUCCUUCAUUGCAAUCUUCACCAUUAGCAAAAGAACUGCUGAACACCAAACCCCUAGUUGAGUUUGUCAAACAUGUUGGGUUUGGAGUUAAUGGGAAAAACUCCACCAGUAUGAGACAGGAUGUGCUCAACUUGAGGAAAACGGAAAUCGACUAUAUCAAUGGCCAUAUUGUUAGUAAGGCACAUGAGUUGGGAAAAGAGGCUCCUGUUAAUAGUACCAUCAAAACCUUAGUCAAUUUGAAAGCAAAGGUUCUAAUCAACCAAGCUGGCAAAUAA